AAACGCUCCAUAACUCUAUCACCACAUUCAGGACAAGAGAAACCAUACCGAAACCACGUCCAGAUAUGCCUUCCUCCAUUGGUUGGAUUAAAAUGAAGGAAUCUCUAUGCGUACUCCUGCUCUUCAUGGUCUUUUGCACCAGCGCAAAUCUCUCUCCUUUUCGGAACAAUAUGAUGAAUAGUGGCCAGGGGAGAAUGCCUAACAGAAAAUGUGGUGGCAACAUGCCAAACGGUGGCUUUGGUCAAAGAGCAAGUUAUACAGAAGAUUUUAUGUCAGGAGGAUCUGAUCAUCAAGGUCAAAGAAUGGGCUCUCGAGACCAACAGUUUAGGUUAGGAGGACAUGAACACCAAGAUCAAGUGGAAGAUUCUUAUGAACAAGAUUAUGAGGACCAAGGAUCUGAGGAACAAGACACAAUGUAUGAUUCAGCAGGUGGUCAAGACAAUCUAUCAGGACUUUUGCAAACCUUGGGCCAAGGUUUGUUAGGAAAACCUGGAGGUGGUUUGCAAGGAUCCCUGCAGGGCAAACUCUCUGGGCUUCUUCAAAAAUUUGGAUCUGGAGGAAGAGGUGGCGUUGGGCAAGAACAACUCUCAGGACUUCUGCAAAAGUUGGGCACAUUAGCAAAAGGCUUUCAGCUAGGGGGUGACCAAGGAGGGUUACAGGACAAACUUGGAGGACUUCUGCAGCAGUUUGGUUCUUUAGGCCAAAGUAUGAAAUCAGGAGGACCCAAGGGCAACAGAGGUGGUUUACAAGGACAGUUCCAGGAUAAAUUCUCCAACCUUGUGGAACAGCCUGGCUCAUUAGGAAAAGGCCGGUUUGGUGGAGCUGCAGGUUUUGGAAGAAAAGCAUCUCAGCAAGGCAAAGGCUCUGGCUUCAGGGGCAGUCAAGGCAGAGGAGGCAUGAGCGGCUCGUUUUGAAGAAAAAGGUUAUUACGAGAAUGUGAUGUAAAGAAGAAAUCAAUUAUUAACACGUCUACCUACUGGGCACCACAAAAUAUUCAAAUACCUAGCCCAGGCAUAUUGGUUAACAUCUCCUUUGCCACAAACACAAAUCAGAAAUUAAAGGAAAUCAGUGGAACAUUACAUUGUGUGGACGAAUCAAACAUUUUCUCAGCAUUAUAAAUUGUAUCAUUGUAUGCAACAGAAAUAAAAGCUGAACUGAAAAUG